UCUUUUUCACAUACUUUAAUUUUAUAUUGUCUUAUCAGGGAAACGGACAAGAUUUCUGAAGUGGUGAUGCCCAUUGUGUGGUUGGAAGAGAGCGCGUUCAUUGAUGGCCCAGUGCUCACCACCUUCCGCACUGCUCUGGUGGUGCUUCCUGCCAUGAUGAAAUGUGUGCAGUACAUCCUUAUUGGGCUAGGUGUUGGCAGCAUCCUUGUGGCCAUAAUACUACAUCUACGCAAGAAGAAGAGCGCAAGUGAGAAGGCUACUUUGCUCCUGCCUGAUACAGACCAAAGUAAUUCAACUUCUGAAAGAGCCUCCCUACUACAAGACACAGCGGACUGAGUAACCUACACGCCUUUACAUCCCAUUCACUUCACAUCUACGCCUGUCAGGAUUGGGUGUGUUGCCCAAGUCAGCAGCUUACAUCCAUUCAAAUCACCGGAGAUGAAGGGAAGUAACUCAGCAGAAACAAAGGACAGCUAUGAUGCAUACAGAUCACUUUGACCAGCAGAUCAGUUUUAGCAGAGGAAACUAGUGGUAUUUUCAGACUGUGCUCAGUACUCAGACUGGUGUUUUGAACCUGGUUUAAAACUAUGUUUUUGUUUACUCACUCACAUCCCUCAUCAUAGUUGGAGACUGAUGGACUGUUAACAAUACAAUACCUCACAGGUCCUUUAUACAUAACCAAUGCAGGAAGAUGUGUAAUCUUAACAAAUUAUGGAUUCAGAACAGAAUGCUGUGGCACAACAUCUUGUCUUGUGAAAGAAGGACUGUAUUUUCUUUUUACACAGUAUCUUUGGAAUGGAUGUUUGUCAUAUCUGUGAAAUGUUCCAGUAUUGAAAAUAAGGUUGUCAUUAAAUAAAUACAAAAUGUAUGUUUCUACUGCAGAAUUUUACUACAUGUUCAUCGGUGCACCAGCUGAGCCCUGGUGACAGGCUACAAGAGCUAGAUUAUGCCACACCUGGUAUGACAUGGUAUGUCAAGGGCCCUUCCUGUAUGAGGUACACCACCAUUUUGUAGUUGAGUGAAACUUUUUUUACUUAGUUACUUUUACUUGAUACUGCAACAAAACAAGUACAUUAUUUGGUCAUAUUUUAGGGUAUUUGCCUUGAAGUAAAAACUUUUAUUAAG